AUGGGCAUCAGCGUGCACCCCACGCGCCUGCGGGCGCUGAACGGCGCUGCUGCCGAUCCCGCCGGCAGAUUCAUUCUGUAUUGGAUGAGCCAAUCAGUGCGCACGCGGCACAACCCGGCAUUGGCCCACGCCGCGGUCAGUGCUGCGCGGCUCAAGCUGCCGCUGCUGACAGCAUUCGUGCUCGACGAAUCCCAGCCGUACUUAAACAAACGGCACUACGCUUUUCUGUUCGACGGGCUGAGGGACGUUAAGAAGAGGCUGGAGGGGAAAGCGCUGGAUUUUUUGGUGGUGAGGGGGAAAUCUGUUGAGAUCGUGCCCAAAAUGGCAGAAAGGGGAGCUGCUGCGGUGGUUACUGAUUGUGGGUACUUGAGAUGGGGGAGGGAGGUAAGGGAACAAGUGGGAAGGAUUGUGGGAGUUGAGAUGACUCAGGUAGAGGGGGAUGUUGUAGUUCCUGUUGAGGUGGCCAGUGAUAAGCAGGAGUGGGCGGCCAGGACGAUCCGGCCGAAGAUUCAUCGGCAGAUGGAGACCUACUUGGGGAGCAAGGGGGAGGAUUGGAGUGUUGAUUUGGGGGAAAUAAUCAAUGAUAAAUUGAAGAAUGGGGAAAAAGUGAUUGAUUUGGAGGAGAUUACUCGGGGCUUUGAUGUGGUCGAUGUGGAGGAUGGGUUUGAGGGGCUCAAGAGGGGGUUGGAGGUGGAUUGUGUGCCCAGGGUUGUGGGGUGCAGGGGAGGGGAGGAGGAGGCCGAGCGCGUGCUGGCCGAGUUCCUGGAGGGGAAGCUCGGGGGGUAUGCGGAGGGUCGCAACGAGCCGGCCAAUGACAUGCAGAGUGGCCUGAGCCCCUACCUCAGGUUUGGCAACAUCAGCGCAGUGCACGUUGCGCGGAGGGCGUUCGCUGCCUCGAGCAAGAGGACCAAGGCUGGGGUGGACUCUUUUACAGAAGAGCUGAUUGUGAGGCGAGAGCUUGCUGUGAACUUUGUGUUCUACGCAAAGCAUGUGUAUGACAGCUACAGCUGCUUGCCAAACUUUGCUAAAACGACACUGGAGGAGCAUGAGGGGGACAAACGGAAAUACAUCUACACGUAUGAGGAAUUUGAAGCUGGCUGCACACAUGAUGAGUACUGGAAUGCUGCGCAGAUGGAGAUUGUGGUGACUGGGAAGAUGCAUGGAUACAUGCGCAUGUAUUGGGCCAAGAAGAUAUUGGAAUGGACUGAGAAGCCGAGAACAGCGAUUUCGUAUGCGAUUCGCCUGAACAACCGCUGGGGCUUGGACGGUGAGGAUCCCAACAGCUAUGCAGGGAUAUUAUGGUGCUUUGGGCUGCAUGACCAUGGAUGGACGGAAAGGGAGAUAUUUGGAAAGGUGAGGUACAUGAAUGACAGUGGGCUGAAGCGAAAGUUCAACAUGGGCGCGUACAUCAAGAAGGUUGGAGAACUUGUGAAGAAGCAUGGUCUGCCUCCAGAAUUGGAGGCUGUGCAGAAAAGAGGUGGGGGUCAGAAAAGAAUAACUGACUUGUUUGAAGGUGGAGCUGGUGGUGGGUCCAAGAAGAAGCAACGCAAGAAGUAG